CCCCGCGCCGGCCCCCGCGGGCCCCGGACUCCAGAGCCGCAGCAGCCGCCCCGCCCACGAGAGACAUGACUUCCAAGCCGCAUUCCGACUGGAUUCCCUACAGUGUCUUAGAUGAUGAGGGCAGCAACCUGAGGCAGCAGAAGCUUGACCGGCAGCGGGCACUGCUGGAGCAGAAGCAGAAGAAGAAGCGCCAGGAGCCCCUGAUGGUGCAGGCCAAUGCCGACGGGCGGCCCCGGAGCCGGCGGGCCCGGCAGUCGGAGGAGCAGGCCCCCCUGGUGGAGUCCUACCUCAGCAGCAGCGGCAGCACCAGCUACCAAGUUCAAGAGGCUGACUCACUUGCCAGUGUGCAGCUGGGAGCUGCCCACCCAACAGCACCAGCCUCAGCCAAGAGAACCAAGGCAGCAGCCGCAGCGGGGGGCCAGGGUGGGGCCUCUAGGAAGGAGAAGAAGGGGAAGCACAAAGGCACCAGCGGGCCAGCAGCACUGGCAGAAGACAAGUCUGAGGCCCGAGACCCGGUGCAGAUCCUGACUGUGGGCCAGUCGGACCACGCCCAGGACGCCGGGGAAACAGCAGCUGGUGGGGGCGCACAGCCCAGCGGGCAGGACCUCCGUGCCAAGAUGCAGAGAAAGGGCGUCUCCAGCAGCAUGAGCUUUGAAGAGGAAGAGGAAGAUGAGGACGAGAACAGCUCCAGCUCCUCCCAGCUAAACAGCAACACCCGCCCCAGCUCUGCUACUAGCAGGAAGUCCAUCAAGGAGGCAGCCUCAGCCCCCAGCCCGACAGCCCCAGAGCCUUCGGUGGAUGUUGAGGUCCAGGAUCUGGAGGAGUUUGCACUGAGACCAGCCCCCCAGGGUAUCACCAUCAAGUGCCGCAUCACGCGGGACAAGAAGGGGAUGGACCGGGGCAUGUACCCCACCUACUUUCUGCAUCUGGACCGCGAGGAUGGGAAGAAGGUGUUCCUCCUGGCUGGAAGGAAGAGAAAGAAGAGUAAAACUUCCAAUUACCUCAUCUCCGUGGACCCAACAGACUUGUCUCGAGGCGGGGACAGCUACAUCGGGAAACUGCGGUCCAACCUCAUGGGCACUAAGUUCACCGUUUACGACAACGGAGUCAACCCUCAGAAGGCGGCAUCCUCUACUUUGGAAAGCGGAACCUUGCGUCAGGAACUGGCAGCUGUGUGCUACGAGACAAAUGUCUUAGGUUUCAAGGGGCCACGGAAGAUGAGUGUGAUUGUCCCAGGCAUGAACAUGGUUCACGAGAGAGUCUCCAUCCGGCCCCGCAACGAGCAUGAGACGCUGCUAGCACGCUGGCAGAAUAAAAACACGGAGAGUAUCAUCGAGCUGCAAAACAAGACGCCUGUCUGGAAUGACGACACACAGUCCUACGUACUCAACUUCCAUGGGCGCGUCACACAGGCCUCCGUGAAGAACUUCCAGAUCAUCCAUGGCAAUGACCCGGACUACAUCGUGAUGCAGUUUGGCCGGGUAGCAGAGGAUGUGUUCACCAUGGAUUACAACUACCCGCUGUGUGCGCUGCAGGCCUUCGCCAUCGCCCUGUCCAGCUUCGACAGCAAGCUGGCCUGCGAGUAGAGGCCUCCUUGUACCCUUUGGGGUUCCCAGCCUGGAGAGGAGCUGCCUGCCCACCUGUGGAGACAGCCCCGCCUACCCUCUGUACAUAGGCCUCCUGCCAGAUGAACCUUUGGCUCUCAGUGGGCUCCUUGGCCAAGCCAGCCAAGAACUGGCUCCUCUGCCUCCACUGCUGAGGCAGAGGAGUGGGGGAUGUGUGUGAAGGGACCAGAGUGAAUUCUUUCUGUGCUCCAAGAUCAGCACACACCCCUACUUGUGGGUUAGUAUCCUGCUGCAAUCGUGUUUGCCAAGCUGGGCAGCCUCUUCAGCUGGGAAGGCAGGAAGAGGUGUAGAGGGAGAGGAAGCACAACACAGGGCUGCUGGGGCCCAGCCAGCCAUACAUUCAGCCCAGGAGUCAGAUGACAAUGGUCCCCAACAGCAAAGGACACAUGAGUGUGUGUGUUAGAGCGUGUGUAGGACACACUGACUUUACAUAGCAAAGGGCCUGGUAGCCGAGCCGGGCCCUUACAACUGCAGAGUCCUCAGACUUGAGAAGGCCUCAGCCAGGCCUGGGAGAAGUGAUGGGUUGGGGCAAGGUGAGUGGUGAGACCUUGUCAGGAUUGCAUGGGCCUGGCUCUAGCUGUGGGAAGUGGCUGGUGGCCUGGGGUUCUAGCUCAUUUGAUUUCUCUAGGCUUUCUCUGUGCAGAGGCAGCAGGAGGAGGCCCUCAAGGCCAGAUGUCUUAGAGGAUGGGGCAUACAGGACACAGGCUCAGCAGGCGGGAGGUGCCUGGAACAGGCUCCCUGGAUCAGGCCUGUCCUGGGAGCCCUGUCAGCUGCCCCAGGAGCUCUCUGCUGAGCAGCGCCUGCACAACCCCCAGGAAUGUGGACGGGGCCUAGGUCACCAGCCCCAGACUGCACACAGGUAGGCAUGCCUGGGGCUCUGGCUGGCAGGGCACCAUUCCUGAGCCCUGGCAUGCUCCAGAAGCACUUCCAGCUCCAGGUGCUCUUGCCUGUACUUCAGCUCCCACUGAGUCAGCCUAGGUCGCAGUUGCUGAGGGCUUCCGUGUGUGGUUCUUCUUGGGUGGGAAUGGGACAGGGUGAGGAGAGCAGGGAGUAUUUUAGAACCACAAGAAAUCAGAGGUGGCGGGACCCUUAGAGAUCAACUAGUACAAACCUGUCACUUUAGGUGAAACACACUCAGAAAAUGGGACUUGCCGUGGGCCACCUGGCUGGUUAGUGGGAGAGUUCAGAACUUUAGCUCCCCUGAUUUCUUUGUUCCCGGCAGCCCCU